AUGAAUACUUAUUUGGUUGAUGAUAUCCCACUUGAACAAGUCAAAGCCAUUGGUAAUUUCCCAAGGCAACCGAAUAACAACCCAUACCCUAACAAUUAUACUCCAGCAUACAAGAACCAUCCGAAUGUGUCGUGGAAUAAUAAUCAAGGGCACCAACCACGGUAUCAUCAAAAUCCACCUCAAUAUCCUCCAUAUAGACCAUCUUAUGGGCUAAACCCAAGGCCCUUUUAUGAUACUCAAAGGCCACAAAUGCCGCAACAUCAACAACCACUGCCUCAAAUGACUAAACCAGAGGUAUCUGCUGAUUCAUUGAGCCAAUUUAUGAUAGAAACCAGAUCCUCCAUUCAAAGCUUAGAAACACAAGUUGGCCAACUUGCAAAGUUAAUGGCGGAUCGUAAUCAUGGGGCUUUACCUAGCUCAACUGUGGUGAAUCCAAAGGAGCAAUGUCAAGCUGUCACCUUGAGGAGUGGGACUAAGUAUGAGGGGCCUAUAGUAGAAAACAAGGGUAAGAAGAUUGAAGAUCAACCUGUACCUAGUCCAGCACAAGAGGAAGUUACUGAAGACCUCCCAAAGAAAGAGACACCAAAAUAUACCGAGCCUACACCGAAGAUUCGAUAUCCUCAACGGUUUCAAAAGGCUAAUCUUGACAAACAAUUUUCUAAAUUCUUGGAUAUCUUUCGAAAAUUACACAUUAACAUCCCUUUUGCAGAGGCUUUAGAACAAAUGCCAAGUUAUGUGAAGUUUAUGAAAGAAAUUUUGUCAAGGAAGAGGAAGUUAGAGGAUUAUGAGACGGUUGCACUAACUGAAGAGUGCAACACAAUACUUUAG